AUGGACAAGAACGAAACCACCAGCAACGAGCAUGAGUAUGCCCUACCCAAGGGGGCAGAGCUCGAGGAUGUUGACACCUAUGUGGCGGAUAGCGACGAAGAGAAGAAGUUGGUGCGCAAGAUAGACACAUAUCUAUUGCCUCUCAUCUUUCUCAUGGUUGGUAACUCCUCGUCGCGAGUGCACAUCGGCAACGCCAAGAUUGCUGGCAUGGAUAAAGACCUCGACCUUGACUCUGGCCGGUAUUCGAUCGCCCUUGUCGUCUUCUUCGUCGGAUACGUCAUCUUCGAAGUUCCCUCCAACAUGGUCCUCGCCAGGACGCGGCCUAGUGUAUACCUCCCAGGUAUCAUGAGUCUAUGGGGAUCCGUCACCAUCGGCAUGGCCUUUACGCCAAACUACAAGAGUCUCAUUGGUUUCCGUGUGGUCAUGGGUAUCCUCGAAUCAGGAUUCGCACCCGGUGUGCUGCUGCUCUUGUCGUCCUGGUACAAGAAGGAGGAGCAGAGCAAACGGUUCGCCGUGUACAUUUCCGCCGCCAUCUUGUCCGGGGCCUUUGGUGGUCUCUUGGCUGGCUCCAUCACAAGCGGCCUUGAUGGCGUGCAUGGUAUAGCCGGUUGGCGGUGGUUGUUUAUUGUCGAAGGCGCUGCCACUGUCGGUGCUGCACUCAUUGCCUUUUGGGCCCUUCCGGAUUUCCCAGCAAACACGUCUUUGAAGAAGUUUAGCGAGAAAGAGAGGGAGUUGGCAAUCAAGAGGCUCCAGACCGCAGCUCAGCGUGUUCAGACUGAGGAAGAGCCUCGCUUGGGCCACUGGGCAGGCUUCAAACUCAGCAUGGUCAGCUGGAGGACUUGGUUGUUUGUUGUUGGUUACAUGGCAAUCGUUGGGUCUUCGACCUUGUCCUACUUCUACCCAACCUUGGUCAGCGGCUUGGGCUACCAAGCGACAGCCGCACAGUACAUGACGAUCCCCAUCUUCGGCAUUGCCUUCGUCUCUACAGCAAUAACUGGCUACUUCGCCGACAAGCACUCCCAGUGGCGCGGUCUGAUCCUUGGUGCUUGGAUGACCGUUGCCAUGCUCUGCUCUAUUAUCACUUGCGUCGUCUACGACUUCAAGGCCAGGUACGCUCUCCUGGUUAUCAUGGCUUCUGGAUUAUGGGCUUCGAACGGUUUAGCUUUGUCAUACGCCUCGGUCAGCUUUGGCUCGAUGCCCAAUGAAACAAAGGCCAUCUCCUUGGCUUUUGUCAAUGCCAUGGGAAAUCUAGCACAGAUCUACGGUGCCUACCUUUUCCCUUCUAGCGACGCCCCUAAAUAUUUAAUGGGUUUCGGUGCUAUUAGUGGCCUUUGCUUCACUGGUGUGGUGUCGUAUGUUGCGCUUCACAUCUUCCUCAGAAGGGAGACCAGAGUUGCAUGA